CAGUUCGGACAAAUGAAGUGACAAACAGGAUAUGAUGUCAUCGUUCCAGGUGGUGGGCUCUUCGCCCAGCAGUGUCAUCGGCGUCAUGGAAACAUCAAACUUUGCCCAUGUCAUCUUCCAGAACGUUGGGAAGAGCUUCCUGCCCCAGGAGGCACUGGAGUGUCGCUACACCCUCACCUCCUACAUCACCCCCAACCCCAAAGACUGGGUGGGCAUCUUUAAGGUACAACCUACCCUACUUACAACCCACCCCAAAGACCAGUGGGCAUCUUUAUUAAGGUACACCCUACCCUAUCUACACCCCACCCAAAGACUGGGUGAGCGACACUAGAUCUCGCUUAGCCCUGCAUCAGUACUUCUCACACAGUUUGGUGCAUUGACUCAUCAGAAGCUAUUCAGUCAUCCUAUGCAGUCAUCACAGGUCCUAAAUGUAGCUUCAUGACCCUCCAACUAAAAGAUCAUGUCUUUUUUGUUUUACUUUCUUUCAUCAACCUGAUUCUCUUCUCUCUAUUUCAGUGUUUUGGUUUUUGCCCUAACGUUACACAGCUGAUUCAAAUUAUCAAAGCUUGAUAGUGCUAGGGCAAAAACCAAAACGUGCACCCCUUGGGGUCGCGAGUACAGCUGGCCUAUUUCCUUCUACAGAUAUUUUUCCAGUAGCUGUGGUGUGGUUAUUAAAUAUACAGAGGGAGGUGGGAGGAGGCAGGGAGAACAGAUAGGUUUUGCUGGGGGGUAUUUUCUGGUCCGUCUCUCUGGUCUAACCAGAUAUUUUUUUCUAUUUGCACACAUCCUUAUUUCUUUCUCUCUCUUCCACCUCUCCCUCUCUUGUUGCCCUCUCCCUAUUUCUCUCUCUUCUCUUUCAUCAGGGCCAUCAAAUCUCACACUGAAUUAACAGGAAAUGUGAACGAGGAAACCUAAUGUCUCGUAAAGACACAAAGCAAACAUUUAUCAUCCUUUAAGAAGUUACUUCAAAUCCACCCAGCUAAAUUAAAAAGGAAUAUAGAUGGUGGGUUUAUUUGGAAAAUGUAGAUUGGAAAAUGUAGAUGGUUAAUCUGCACUAAUGAAAACUGUUUCAUGGUGAAGUGUUGUGUGUGAUAAAGAGUGUUUAUUUCCGCAGUUAGAGGUGGUAGGCUUUUCACAUGAAAAGCUUGGCAUGAAAGAGUGAAACUCGGUCACAGGAGAAAUUAUCAAAAACCGUCAGUUUUUCAACCCAACACUCCUCCCUCCCUUUUCACGCUUUUAUCUUCUCCUAAUGCUUUUCUCUUGUGCCAUGACACUAACCCCCAUCCUCCCUCCCCCCGUCUCUCGCUGUGUGUAUGUGUGAUUGCACUACUGAGAGAGCUCCAGACACAUACAUCUAGCACAGCUGCUUGGGCACUUACUCACACUACCCUUGACACACACACACACACACACACACACCCUGAGGCUCGCUGACACACAAUAUGUAGGUUAGGUACAGGCUCCCCCUACUGGCUAUAUACUGUCAUUGAUACUUUCUUCCAAAACCCGGGUUUGGUAACACAGGGAUUGGUAUUGGCAACACAAGGCCCUGAUGAUACCAUGAUAAUAGUCAUACACUUAACACACUUACCCAUGUAUCAAACAAAGUAAGAUUGGAAUGAGAUUUUAAGUUUUUAGACAUAUUGUUUUCUAAUGCAAUUAUAUGCAUCAAUGCACUUGGAUCAGCUCUUAUGAUGUUAAACACACACACACACACACACACACACACACACACCUCUAUAGCUCUGAAAAAGCCCCUGAUUCAGGAGGUAGUGGAGUUGUGGCAUGUAGCUGGGAGAAACCCGUGCAGUAAGAGUGUAAUUAACAUGUCAUCGGACCGCGUGCAUACACCUCUAAGUCAUGAUGGAUGGAAGCUUCGUCUGUGAUUAUUUUAUAACAUCACUCCUGAGUCUGAACACUCCAAACCAAACUCCAGUCACCUGCAACCUGCAACCCUCCACUAUACAAUUAGCAAGUAAUUUAUGUGUUUAAACCUCCCCAUAGAUCAGUGUUUCCCAAACUCGAUCAUCGGGUAAACAAUCUAGGCCUUAUUGCAAUUUGACUUGUGAUUUAGAGCAAAACACUUGGGUGAACUGUUGGAAUCAUGGAAAUAGAAUAAUAAUUCUAAUUCUAUAGUUAGAAUAUAAUAGUGAGCACUUUGAAUACAGUGUUUGACAUGACAACAAAUAAAAAAUGCCAGGUAGGAGUUAUUGUGACAGGGUAGAAACCAAAGUGUUGACAAGUGUUUUCUUGGGGACCCUAUAAUCUUUGGCUACAUUUAAUGUUUUCUCCUAGCUACUUCAUGUAGCUAACAUUCUUGCUUUGUGUAUUACUCUUUGAUUUAGAAGAUACCGUUGCACAAAAAAAACAUUCCCCUGUAGGUCUAUGCCAUCACUGGUAUUAUCAGGCUGUAUAGCUAGUUAAGUUUGCUCUGACUCAGUACAUUAUUAGCUAGCUAGCGAUUAGCGUUAGCGGCUAACAAGAUUUAGGCCCAACUUGCUAAGAAAAUAAAAACUAGCUGUUUGCAGAUGUAAGAAACACAAACUAAUAGUGUAAUUCUAGAACGCUAGUGGAUUUACAUUAAGAAGGAAAGUGAAAACAGCAUCGUCGUCAUCAACAUUGUUGCAUUGACCAUGCAGACUGAACGCAAGUGUCUCGUGGUCGAGGAACAAAUCCUUGAGUGACGGGGCAGGACUAGGUCUGUGUGGAAAGCGGCAUGGAGAGCGAGAGAGAGGAGAGGGAUGACUCAAGUAGCUAAGUAAAUUAUAAAAAUGGACGUUACACACAGCAUAUCACAUUUUAACAAACCAAACAUUCAAAUACCGUUAUAGAAGGUCAAGUAAAAACCCAAACCGGUCUGUGCAUCAACACCGGUAUAUGGUAAUAGACAGUAUACUCAGCCCUACAUCAAGGUAAUACUGGCCUGGGGUGUAGUUCCAUAGGAUGACUCAUGUUGAGUAAAUUAUGGUCUGUUUCAGUAACUCUCAGCCAAGGCCGUCUCCAUGGAGAUCUGGUCAGAGUGAAUGCCCUCUCACCUGAGUUUGAACUCAACACUAAUUUCGAGUAUUUAGGAGAAUAUGAAUAUUUCAUAAUCUUGUUAGGUUUUUUUGUUAGAGAGAGAGAGAAGAACAGAGAGAGAUGGAGAAAAGGAGGGAGAGUGAUUGUGUAUGACAGUUUUACGGUGUAUGGUUAGUUAUGAUGUUCUGUCGUCUCUUCAUCAGCCGUCACUUAACAACACGACAUUCAUAUCAUUACAUCUCUCUCCCGCCAUUUAGAAGUAUGUGUAAAAUUAGCACCUCUUUCUCUUCUGCGUCUUCUUCCGUUUUAAACUAGGCUCUGCUGCUCCCCUCUGUCAGCCCUUACACACACACACACACACACACACACACACACACACACACACAGGCUCAUUUGCACGCACACACACCUUCUCCAAGGAGAGAACUAGAAAGGAUUGAGGGAGGGAUUGGGGUUUUAAAUAAAUGUAUAUAGAACAUUAUUUUGGUUUAGCCUACUCUUAAAAUAUAAAAUAACUGGUGUGCAUGAUGUAAAACGAACUGAUUUGAUGCUCUCAUUAACCCAUCUUCAACUUUGGCUUUCUUUCUAUCACAACUCAGCUGGGAUAUAAAUGCUUUUUACUUCUCGGCUGCUGGGCUGUUUAAACUUGUUGAUCUUGCUUUGUGCAAUACCACUCUUGUAUUAUGAUUAACAAGGUACGUAACAGGUAUUUGUGAGAUCCUAGUCUUGUUGUGUGUCCUGUGUUGUUGUGAGAACAAUAUGGUAGUGUGUGUGUGUGUUUAGCUGUAACCUGUCCUCCUGCGUUGGGUCUGUAGGUGGGUUGGAACACAGCGAGGGAUUACUACACGUUCCUGUGGUCUCCCAUGCCGCAAGACUAUCAACCUGGAAGCACCGUACACAGGGCUGUGGUGUUCCAAGGUACACACACAGUUUACAUUUACACACACACACACACACACACACACACACACACACACACUGUACAUGUACACACACACACUGAGCAUGGGAAGCACUGUGGUAUACUAAGGUAACCCCUGGAUUUAGCAGUCCCUGUAUUAAACCAGCUACCUUAUUUUAUUGAUGGAACAGAACCGUGGUCAGAGACUUGAAAACCUCUCUCCCUCUGUAGAGAUAUUACACACACACACCAUGGAGGGCCGGUGAACUGGUUUUACAGGAGCUGACAUGGUCAGAUAUGACACAGUGAAAAUAUGAGCCCACUGUGGUGUCAGUGGAACUCUGCAUAUGUUUAUAUCACAGACCAUGAUCUUUACCUCAAAUACAGUGCAGUUGAAUUACUGUACUUUUACUCUGAUUGUAACUCUGACCUUUGAUUGAAUUAAGUGUUUACUAUGAGUUUAAGAUGUAAGGUAGGGAAGAUAAGUGAUAUAUAUAUAUAUAUAUAUAUAUAUAUAUAUAUAUAUACAUACAUUAGAUUUAUACAAAGUCAGGAUUCAGCCCAUGGACUGUGAACUGCCGACGUUCACAAUGCCUCUCAGAGUGCUGAUCUAGGUUAUUUAUUUUUUUAGAUCAUAAUGCAUAUGAUUAUAUGCACAGGGGGGACCAGACAUAUGAUUAUAUGCACAGGGGGGACCAGAUCCUUGAUCAGCACUCCUAUUUAGGGAUGGGCACAGUUAAUCCAAUAUCCGAACGGACGUUAGUAUUCGAUUACUUGGGAGAGUAUUCAUUUUUGAGGCUUUGUCUAAAAGUCAAUAAAAUGAUCUAUGUGAUAUUGCUACAUAGCCUAUAAGGACAGAACAUUAUAAGUAACAUUUAAAUAAAACAACAGUUUCAUGACAGUUGUUAAGAGUGUGCCCCAUUAAAAAAAGACGCACCAUUACCCUAAACACUUGUUUCACACGUGUAGCUUGUUGUUAUUGUCGGUCAAUCACAGCGGCGCUACAGUCAGAGGCUUCAUGUGAAGUGGAAGAUUUCUAAUCAAUGCAAAAUGGAAUUAAAAUUACGGAAUUCAGUUGGCUAAAUGAGAAGGAGUAGGCUACAAUGAUCAACCAACAGGUAGGCUGUUGUUUAAUAUGAAUGGAGUUGAUGUAGACAAGGAUGGGAAGCGCAGGCAAAAUAGCCUCAAUUAGCCUUGCUACUUUAGCUAGCUAGCUGGCUAACUUAGCUGGCUACUGUAGCUUCUUUACAACGAUUUGAUGUAGUCAACAGGCACUACCAGAUGGUAUGAUAGAUGAACUUGUUGCUUCCAUAAGUUAUCUAACUAGCGCAAGUCGGUUUGGCUACUUUCUCUCUCAUGUCCCCCCCACAUUCUGAAAUUGCAUUUUUGUCCCCCCCAGUUUUAUCUUACAUUUACAUUUACGUCAUUUAGCAGACGCUCUUAUCCAGAGCGACUUACAAAUAGGUGCAUUCACCUUAUAGCCAGUGGGAUAACCACUUUACAAUGUUUUUUUUAGUUUUUUUUUUUUAAACAAACAAAACGCAACCAAUUCACCUGACGAUACGGUCUCAUAAUGCCACGCUGCACAACCUUCCAAACAUUCUCACACUGUCUCCUCCCUCCGCAGGGUACUAUGUUCCCAAGAGUGAUGGGGAGUUCUAUCAGUUCUGUUACGUCACACACACGGGUGACAUCAGAGGCGCCAGCACGCCUUUCCUGUUUCGCCCGGCCACGCCCACCGAGGACUGUCUCACCGUUACCGAGGACGACAGCAACUCAGACAUACUGGUGGUGACCACCAAAAGCAGUGUGCUGGAGGUACACACACACACACACACACACACACACACAGCGAGAGCGAUACAGUAUAGCCGUCUAAAUGUUACCAGUACACAGUCUCCUCUUCUCUCCUCUGGUGAGCAGCAGCGUAUAGAGGAGGCGCAGCAGGAGCGCAGGGAGCUGUUGAAGACCAUGCACCACCUGCAGGAGGAGAACCAGCAGCUGCAGGAGGAGCACAGGAGGCUGCACAGAGAGAGGGAGCAGGAGAGGGAGACCUGCAGCCUGCUACGCAUACACAACCAGGUGAGGAGGGGGGACGAGAGGAGAGGGAAAUACUUAGCACAGGAGACUGUACAGAGCGAGGGAGCAGGAGAGGGAGACCUGAGUGCCAGUUCCUAUUCAGUGAUCACAGGUUCAAAACAUCAACAUUUAGGAAGUUUAAGAAUGAUCUGUGUCCAUAGUUGAACACACAUAACAGUGUGUGUGUGUGUGUCUCUGUGUGCACUAUGUAUUUGCACAGAGUGUGUCAUAUUUUUCUUUUGUUUCGUGUGUGUGUGUAUGUAUGCCCGUUUCUCUGUCCCUCGUUAACGAGCUGACUCACUGGGCCCGGAUGCUAACUGGACACGGUCUCCCGGGCAUCUGGCAUCAGGGCAAUGCCAUCUCAACCACAGAGUGAGCAAAUAUGACAUCAAGGCCACACACAGACUACUACUCCUCCCCCCACACACACAUUCUAAUUCACACCCACAUACACACACUCAAGCCCCCUUACACACACACUCACAAUGCCACCCACUUGCAACCUCUUUUAGAAUGCGUGUGGAAUGAGAGACAGUUAUCUGCAAAACCGCCUGAGUGAAAAAACGCCCUGCACAGUUUAGGGACUAAGAUGACUCAGUCACGCCAUUGUACAAGGGCACUACUCUCUCUCUCGCGAUCUCUUUCUCUAUCGCUCUCUUUCUCUCUCAUCUUUCAUCUUAGUACAACUGCUGAGAAUGACUUCAAUUUUGUAAUUUAUUUUAAGUACCAUUUGGUGUGUUGUUCAGUGAAUAAACAUUUCCAUAUGACUUAACCAGCAAAGUAAGAUUUAACCCACUGAAACUAGAAGAAAGAGGGGGAGGAUUAAAGGAGAGAGGAGGAAACUGUCAGGGGAGAAGGUUGAUGAUAUGGAAACAAAACCAGUCUCUUACUGCCCCCUGGUGCUUUUUCCUAGUGUGUGUUUUGUUUUAGUAUCCUUAUGGGGACCAGAAGUCCUCACAAGGAUAGUAAAACAAGGCUAUUUUAGGCUUAGGGGUUAGGUAUAGGGUUUGAAUUAGGGUUAAGUUAGGGGUUAGGGAAAAUAUGGUUUUGAAUGGGAAUCAAUUGUUUGGUCCCCACAAGGAAUGUAUGAGGGCGGCAGGUAGCUUAGUGGGUAAGAGCGUUGUGCCAGUAACCGAAAGGUCGCUGGUUCUAAUCCCCGAGCCGACUAGGUGAAAAAUCUGUCGAUGUGCCCUUGAGCAAGGCACUUAACCCUAAUUGCUCCUGUAAGUCGCUCUGGAUAAGAGCGUCUGCUAAAUGACUUAUUAUUAUUAUUAUUAUUAUGUAAAACGAAUGUGUGUGUGUGUGUUAGACAGCUUUGAGAGAUGUCCUACUUUGCUCUUUUUAUGAAGUACUAAAUCGCUGUAAAUAAAAUGUACACAGAUUAUUAUUAUUAAUGUUGGAUUCUUCAUUCAACAAGGGUUUCUCUUAUUAAAUAAGUGAUGUGUGUGUACUCGUGUUCGUUUGUGUAGUACACAAUAACAUUUAGAGUAUAUUCACCAUGGCCCUAUAGUGCAGCACUGAUGAAAAUAUCCUUUAGCUGGACCAUGAAAACGUAAGUACAUAUUUUGCGGCUGCUAAUUUUACGACAACACGUUUUAUAAGGUCUUUAUGCGCUGCUAAAGUGCCUCCCAAACGGCUGCAGUUAAAUCAUACAGUCAUCCAGGGAGCCAGAGGGCUGUACCUGAACUACACAUGACAUCUGGGUGUGACACUGUGUGUGCAAAUAUUAUAUACUACACCUGUAUAUUUGUGUUUGAUGGAUGUGCUGUAUCUGUCUAUCUGAUGCACAAGUGUGUGUGUGUGUGUGGGUGUGGGUGUGUGUGUUGAGAGAUGGAGGGGUGUUUAUGUAGGCGUGCUGGUCUGUCAGGUGCAGUGUGCUGUGGGUGAAUUAAUGUCCUACUUCUCAACGUGUUCCAACAGGGGAGAUCACUGGCAGGACCAGGUACAAGAUACAGGAUAUAUAGUACGCCAACUGGCUUCCUCUCCUUGUCUCCUCUUAUUCAGAACAUUAGGAUGGAAAACUACGCUGUGCUUUUGAAGGGAAAUGGGCGGUUCAAUGCCAGACAUUCAUUAUCACACAGCAUUUUGAUAAAGGAGGGUCUAACUCAGGGAUGUCAAACUCAAUACAAAGCCAAGCAUCUACAGCAUUUCCCCCCUCCCUUUUACUUGAUCGAUCAAUUAAGGUCAUUGAUUAGAUAGGAACUCCCCACAUCUCGUUGUCCAGGUCUUCAUUGAACACAAAUUGAGAGGAAAUGACAAAAACCAGAAAACACUCAGUCCUCCAGGAAUUGAGUUUGACACCUCUGGUCUAACUGGACAGACCGACAGGACCUGUGAUUGGUUAACAGUGUGAUUGACAGCUGAAGCUGCCUGUGGUAUGGUUGCAGGAGCUGCUGCGCUCCUCCCAGGGCCUGUCAGAGGAGAGGGAGGAGGUGAGGAGGAGGCUGCAGGAGGCCACAGACAGGGUCAGACAGCUGGAGGAGGACCUACUGGGAGUCACACAGAAAGGACUGCAGAAAGAGACCGAACUGGACUGGUGAGGAGGAACGCACACACCAGGGUUUUCAUUAGGAAAAUGUGGCACUGGACAUUUGGCCGGCAACAUUUUAAUUUACCGGGCAUUUGAGAAAUCUGCCGUACCCAUAUGCAUUGGGUGUGUAACCUGAUUAGGGCGUCCACCCACACUGCUCAGAAUGACAGAAAUCACAUUUUAAUUAUGGUAAUUCAUAUUAACAGAACAUGCAAGUUGAGCAUGCAACGAUGUGUGGUCCUUCAUACCGAAUUCUGAUGUGCACUUUGAAGAUGUUAGAAUAACUGUCCACAUUUGCUUUUCCUCAGCCAACAAGACGAGUAACGAACAGCAAAAUCACUAGCCUAUGUCAAUCCUCAAUCCCCCAUAGUAGAAAAGUUUACCUAUUCUAUUGGUCAGCUUGUCGAGAAAUAGCCUAUUCCAAACAGACUCUGGAACAGUUGUGGGAAGAUAGAGCUCAAAUUCAUCCAACCAGUAGGCCAGAAAGUUUCUUAAAAUGUUGAUAAACUAUUAUUUCUUCACAUUAUAAGCACAGCAUUGCGCACAAGGCAGUAGUCUACACGCAAAUGUUUGUUCCAAUUAGCAAAUAACACCUUUGUCAAACACCGCACAUGGGAGCGGUUUCAUGUCACAGAGAUGAAAAUAUCUGUAAGAAAUUUUAGGAAGAGAUCUAAUAGGCUACUUUGAAGCAAGGUAAGACAUGCCUCAUAAUAUGUAUUAAAACAUUCAGGUUUCAAACAAUUUAAGUAUGCGUUUACAAAAUGCAUAGCCUACUGCCUCCAGCCCAUUGCCAAGUGGUGUGUGACGCGCUGAUGAAGCCUGCCUUCUGUUGCAGUUUGAGAUUCUGCAGCAGCAGCUCUUGCGCUGUCGAAGAGAUUUUCCACUCAAAGGCGCUCUAUCUGUAUGCUGUAGGGGUGUGAUAAAUACGAUCCAUAACGAAUAUACUGUAGACCGAUAAGCAUGACCAAUCAAAUGUAUUUCCAUCUAUGAAGAGGAUAAAAAGCAUUAUUUCGCAAUGGAUUUUUUCUUCUUCUCCCGGCCUGGCGCCAAUUUUAAUUAUCUGCUUUUUUGUUGUUUUUUAAGGCUAAAAGCCGGCUAUUACCAGCUAACGGAAACCCUGCCCCCCCCCCCCCCCCCCACACACACAAACACACACACACACAGCUAGACUACUGGGAGUCACACAGAAAGGACUGCAGAAGAAAACUAACUGGACUGUUGAUGAGAAACACACCAUAGAUACUAUACUCAAAUGACAUACAGUACAGAAAACUAGAGAGAACAUUAUUGGUAUUAAUGAAGUUGUUGUUGUUGUCCAGUCUGAGAGACAGGUUGGAGAAGCUGACAGCAGAGAGAGACAGUCUGGAGACCCAACUGAAGAAUGAGAAGGACGAGAGGGACCUCUACAAG